GAGCGCCGCGCGGGGCUGGGACCGGCUCCGUCCUGGGACCAAGCCUGCGUGCCGGCCGUGAAGAACUGCGUUCCUGAGCCCUACCUACUUUUCCUCGGAGCGCCGGCACCGUGGAGCAGCGGCAUGCAACGCGGGCCGCUGUCCCCCAGUCCCAGUGACGGUCCUGGGGCGCUCGGAACUACGUAUCCCGGCGUGCACCGCGGGCAGGGCAUGGCGGGACUACGAGUCCCAGCGUUCAACGCAGGCCUGCGUCCCAUUACCCCGUCACGCGCCGAGACCCAGCCUCCUGAGACUACCAGUUCCGGCAUGCACCGCGAGCCGCUCUCCUCGACUCCCAUCGCGCACUGGGAAGGCGCCCAGUCCCCAGGAGCACAAUCUGUCCUGGCCAUGCUUGUCCACCGAACUGCAACUCACACUCUGCGGGUCCUGGAGCCCAAGAAAGACCCCCAGAGGGAGCUCCCAGCCACGCACAGGUCCUGGGCCCCAGCGAGGCAGCCAUCACCACUUCACAGCAUCCGACAGACAACGCCGGCAAAACCCAGCCUGGUAAAGAGGGAGAGAAGGAACCAGGCUUUGGCAAGGGAGGUGCCGUGGUUUCCCCAGAGGGCGCAGUGGAAGACUUCCGAAGGGCCAGGUUCCUCCUCAGGGCGGAGGGGGCGGCGCUGACCGGGCCGAGACCGAGCUUGGGAGGAGCAGGUGCGGCUGGAGGCCCUGCAGGGUCCCGGCUGAGUCCGCAGUUUUAAAUCAGAACGGGACCUCCGGGCCUGUCAUCUUCCUCAUGGGCGGAAUGGACCUACACAAUGUGGUCCGUCCUACAGUGGAAUAUUCAGCUUUGGACAAGGAAGGAAAAUCUGACCCAGGCUAUACCAUGGAUGAAUCUUGGGGACGUCAUGCACAGUAAAGACAGUCAUGUUCGGGACAGCAGACACCAGCGUGGCAGAGCUGGGUUCUCCUGGGCACCCAGGCCAUGAGGAGCAGCCGGCCAAGCUUCCUUAAGGCAAAACACAUGCUUUUUUCUUUUCUUUUUUUAUGUUUUUCUUUUUUUGGCAUCAAACUUACCAAGAAAUAUCUCUACCCAACUUUACUGAAACUUUAAAGCUUGUAAAAACUU